AUGUUGUUCGAAGUAGACGACGAAACAAGAGACUUUGUGACUAUCUACGAUAGAGAUUACUUUUCCAAACAAAGAAUUUGUGUCACUAAAUUUAACCCAGCUCAGAGUCUUGGAAUAUCUUCAAAUUUUAACAACGAUGCCUAUGGAACAGUGUAUCAGUUGAAUUUCUCUAAAAAUCCUGAUGAUUACUUUUCGCUCUAUAAAAAACGAACCGGUGUGAGUGUAUCAGAUCUACAACUGCCUAAUGAUUGGGUGAUUCCUGAAACAGUACAUCGCAAAUUCUAUCGCUAUCCUAAAACCAUCGAAAAUAGUCCAAAAAUGAAAAAACCCUCGAACAAUUUAGACCCGAAUAUGGAGCAGAGGAGAAUCUUAAAAGUUCAAACUGGUGAUUCAGAAUAUGUCGGUGCUAUUUGCUCAACUGGCGACAGAAUUGUCAGAGAGAAAAUUCUACAAGAAAUGAGAUCAUUUAAACAAUCGCGAACCAUCAAAAUGGAUUGCUCAACCAUUAAAAGAAGUUCUUAUUGA